AUGGUCGCCAAAUCAACAGUCACCGGUUUGACCGGCACGACAGGAUGGACUGGAACGAGCUUCACACGAUCAUCAAUGACCUACGACGGACCUCCGCCAUCAACACACGUUCGAACAUACAACUGGCCUCCUCUCCAAUUGAAUUUCUGGAUCUUUGUUAUCCUCCUCGCGUCAACGAGUAUCAUUGGCGUAUUCGCGACAUUCAUACAGAUCCAGACUCAACUUGAGCUUGGAAUUCCAUGGUACUUUCCCUACUUCAUCACCGUCGGUUCUCUCUCGAUCUUGUUCAUCCUCGGUAUUUUCUGGCUCAUCGCCCAACGACGCCUUCUCCCCGCCAUCGUAAUGGUCGGCGGCUUCAUGUUCUUUAUACUCUGGCUCGUGGGACUUGUCGUUGUAGCGAUACAAUUAUUUGGACCUGAUGGAUCUAUUCAGAGCGUGUGCGAUGUACAAGUCUUUGGAAAGAAUCCCAAGGGUACGAGCAUGGCGACCAUGGCGUGGCUUCAACAACGAAAUAUCUGUCAAUCAUGGCAGCUUAUCUUUGCGAUGGCUCUUACUGGUACUGUUUUCUUCAUCUGGGUUAUGAUCAUGGCGUACCAAGUCUUUGUCAACUCAUAA